UUUCAUCUUAUUUCUUUUGUGGGUCUGCUUCACAUUCAAUUUCUCAUCGUCAUGGCUCCCACCCCUUCUUCAAAACCAAACCACUCUACUCAGUUGAAGACUCCACAAUCCAAACACCGCCUCAAUUUCAAUGGCCUUAAAGCAGCACCAUCACAAACACACCCUUCUCCCAAUCCCAAUUCUGUUGCCAACAAGGAACCCCCUCCUGAACACCCAAUUGAAGUCAUUGCCAGAAUCCGUGACUACCCAGAUAAAAAAGACAAGCCUUUAUCGGUUCUUCAAACCAGUUCCAACUCUAAUUCUAUUAGGGUUCGUGCAGAUUUUGGGUACCGUGACUUUACCCUUGAUGGUGUUUCUGUGUCUGAGGAAGAGGACUUGGAUGUCUUCUAUAAGAAGUUUGUGGAAUCUAGGAUCAAUGGGGUUAAGCUGGGGGACAAGUGCACCAUCAUGAUGUAUGGGCCAACUGGUUCUGGCAAGAGUCACACCAUGUUUGGGUGUUCAAAGCAGGCAGGGAUUGUGUAUAGGUCUCUGAGGGACAUUCUUGGAGAUGGGGAUGCUGACGAUGGUGGUGAUUCAAAAGGAGAGCAUCUUGGGUUGGGGACUUUUGUUCAAGUCACUGUUUUGGAGAUUUACAACGAGGAGAUUUAUGAUCUCUUGUCCACAAAUGGGGGAGGUGGAGGAGGAGGAUUUGGAUUUGGGUGGCCUAAAGGCAGUGCUUCAAAGGUGAAACUUGAAGUGAUGGGGAAAAAGGCUAAGAAUGCAACCUAUAUAUCAGGAAAUGAAGCAGGCAAGAUCUCGAAAGAAAUUCAGAAGGUGGAGAAGCGAAGAAUUGUUAAAAGCACACUUUGUAACGACAGGAGUUCAAGAAGUCACUGCAUGGUAAUCCUUGAUGUCCCAACUGUGGGAGGGCGGCUAAUGCUUGUAGACAUGGCAGGAUCAGAAAAUAUUGAACAAGCUGGUCAAAGUGGAUUUGAGGCCAAAAUGCAGACUGCAAAAAUCAAUCAAGGAAAUAUAGCGCUGAAGAGAGUGGUGGAGUCCAUUGCAAAUGGUGAUUCACAUGUGCCUUUUAGGGACAGCAAACUCACCAUGCUUCUGCAGGAUUCCUUUGAAGAUGAUAAGUCAAAAAUUCUGAUGAUACUGUGUGCAAGUCCUGAUCCCAAGGAGAUACACAAGACAAUCUCUACUCUUGAAUAUGGAGCAAAAGCAAAAUGCAUAGUCCGUGGCCCUCAUACUCCAGUUAAGGAUGAUGAAUCAUCUUCUGCUGUCAUUUUGGGAUCAAGAAUUGCUGCAAUGGAUGAAUUUAUCUUGAAGCUGCAAAUGGAAAGCAAGCAAAGAGAGAAAGAGCGAAAUGAAGCACACAAAAAGCUUUUGAAGAAAGAGGAAGAAAUUGCUGCAUUAAGAGCUAAACUGGACAUGGCAGAAGGGAAAGGAACUCCUGCAAGUGAGGAGGAGAUUAACUUGAAGGUAAAUGAACGAACCCGACUUCUGAGACAAGAGUUGGAAAAGAAGUUGGAAGAGUGCCAAAGAAUGACAAACGAGUUUGUUGAAUUGGAGAGGAAGAGAAUGGAAGAGAGGAUAUUACAGCAGCAAGAGGAGGUUGAAACUCUGAGAAAGAGACUAGAAGAAAUUGAGUUGCAGCUAUGUUGUUCAAGGCAUGGGUGUGGUGAGGAAACCGAAUCAAAAGACAUGGAGUCAAGUGGGUUUAUGAGAAGGCUAUUGCGUGUCUAUAAAAGUGAGGAGGAUCCUGGAAUGGUGAAAUCAAUGGAUUUGGACAUGGAUGAUCAAGAACCCCUCGCCCGUGAAGUGAACAUUGUUGGUGGGCAAGACUUCUCUAAUCAACCUUGUACACAAGAAGAUGCUCAUGUUUUUGCACCAAACUUUGGCCAAAGAGUAUGUCUCAGUACAGUAUAUGAAGACGAAGGAGAAGGAGUUGAUCAUGAAGACAAAGGAGGGGAGGAUGAGGAAGUGGAGAAAGAGGUCAUUGAAGAAAAGAGGCUAUGUACUUUUGACAAGCCUAGUGCAGCAGCCCCCUUGUCAACCUUAAACAGAAGUCCAAAGAGAGAGGAUUACUGUUUUAAGGCAAGUUCAGUGGAUGACAAGGAUAUUGGGUCUUCUAGACUACUGAGAAUUCAAAAUAUAUUCACUCUUUGUGGAAACCAAAGAGAGCUCUCCCACCACAUUGGAACCCCAAUUCCUACAAAAAAGAGGUCUGAUGAAACUUUUGAUCUCAGGUUUUCUCCUGCAAGGACAAACGAGAAGGAUUCCAUUUUUAAAAUCUCCAACAAGGAGAACCUGGAACCACAUAAUAUUUUGGGAAAUUAA